AAGUUAACAUGGCAAACUCAAUUAAGUUCAAAUUCUCUAUCAACUAAGCUCCAACAAAAAUCCCAAGGCCACAGCUCAAGAUCUCAUCUCAAAGAUUUUGACUCAAAUUUGCAUGAGUGUGUGUAUAUGUAUAUCGGGAAAAAUCUAUAAAAAAUAUCGGGGGAAGUAAAAAACAAGGCUUGAAGAAAAAAAUACAAUCAUACUGAUUUGUGUCUUAAUUUCAAAGACCAGAGAUAUUAUUGCAUCAUGGUCACUGCCGACUGUCUCACUCAUACAAAUGACUAGUAUUCUGUACGUAGAUGUGUAAAUACAGUCAUACUCAUAUGCAGGGUGGUUGCGGUUUGUGGCCCUUGUGGUCCAGACAAACUUUCACUCUGUUUAUCUGUCUGAAAAUGUACUGAUAUCUUGCUCCUUUUUCCACCUUUACUCAGCAUGCCUUGAGCUUCAUUGAUUACUCUCUCUACACUCACCAUCUCUUUCCUUCUUCCUCAUCUUCAAAACCCAUUCAGAUACAAGGAUUGGAAAAUGAACCCCGACAUGCAGAACAUGAUGUCGUCUUACCUGAAAAUCAAGAAACUUGUGCAAGACGAAGAAGAAGAAGAAGAAGAAGAGGAAGAUGACGACGAAGACGAAGAGGAGAAAGAUAUGGAGAUUGAGGUGAAAUUCGCGGAAUCCCAGUUGAAGAAGAAGAAAUUGAGUCUUGGUGAAGGCUCCGGGAAAGUGACUGGAAAGGCUGUUGCCGGCGGCGUCGCUGUCGUCGCCUCACCAUGUUGCCUGGUGGAGAAUUGUGAGGCUGAUCUCAGCUGUUGCAAGAAGUACCACCAGAGGCACAGGGUAUGCGAAGUCCAUGCCAAGGCUCCGGUGGUGUUGGUGGAUGGGCUGAGGCAGAGGUUCUGUCAGCAGUGCAGCAGGUUUCAUGAGCUCUCAGAAUUUGAUCAGACAAAGAGGAGCUGCCGCAGACGUCUAGCUGGCCACAACGAGCGGCGUAGGAAGAGCUCACUGGAGUCCCGUAGGGAGGGAUCGAACCGAAGGUUGGUCGAAAACCAGUUCAGACAGCUUAAUGAAAGGCCCGAUCUCAGUUCCCCUGGAAGCCAAAAUUUCCAUAUCCACUCAAGUCACUAGGAUGUUUCGCUAGCUUGCUUACUCUCUUCUGUCAUCAGACUGAAAUCUAAUGUCCUCCUACCUAGGAUGAUUUUCUUAUUAAUCGGAUGGUGUUUAGCACCUCCGAGCAUAAUAAGGUUUUAUAUCUGGACAAUCUAUAUGUUUCAAUGAUAACUUGUGCAAGACAGAGAUGGAAA